AAAUAUCUACACGUGUAUCCAGAAGGGGAAGCACGUGUAUAUCCAAAUAUUGGAGCAGAAGAAGCACUUUUAUAUCUAUAUCUCGAAAAGGCGCUUUUAUAUAUUUAAAUGUAAAUAUAAUCGUGUCUCUAAAAUGCGCGCGAAAAACUACACGUGGACAGCGCAAGGUUUUUACGGAAAUUCAUAGAGACGGAUGCUGUUAGAAAAUUCUAGCAGGUUGCCUCUUCUGCAUUCCAGUUAGUUAAAAGUACCCAGCGUAAAGCCACGUUCGGCCUUUGAAAUAUUGCUCGCAAAGUAAGCGUCCCUCGUAGUCUUUACGUGUAUUAAAUACAGUAGACGAGAAUUUGACUAAAUGAAUUAACAGUCGUGUAAACCUUACAUAAUAUUUACUCAUCCGCAUAUUUAAAUAACACGUCCAAAAGCAAUUUAAAUCGUGUUACGCCAGUAUGUCAAUUCCCAUUCAAAAGUGAUUGAUAACUAUAUAGGUAGGGAAAUCCCCAAAUGAAAAUCCCAUUAUGCGGUAAUAAUUAUGUGUAUUUAAUACCCAAAAUUCAUCAUUUUUAAUUUUAAACUGAUCAUGGUGUUUAAAUUUUAUUAAAAUAUGGAAACCAAUCGCGCUGUGAGCAAGCGCAAACAGUCUCUUUCUUGGGCCUCUCUUAACCCGGAGCAGAGGAACAUUUUUACAGCUAACCAACUGAGCGUACAGAAUCAAAAAGUAAUUAAAGAUCUUAACGUGAUUAAAAAAGGAAUCGAAGAUGAAAAACGCUGCGAAAAUGCGGCGCAUGCUAAAGAAGAAAUCAUGUUACAGAAUCGCUACAACCGUAUUUCAAAGGCAUCAGAAAGAAUUGAACGCCGAACUAGAGCUUCUCUUACUUACCUGAACUCUAGCGAAUCGCCUCUUUAUAGAAGAGAUUCAAUCAACGAUAAUGUUCAAAACCGGAGCAUUUCUGGUCGGAAAUUUAGGUCGGAAACUUUCGAACCAAACUCGUCGAACAAAUCGUUGAAUGAAAACAGCAGUCAACAGCGCCGCAUGUCGGCCGCCAAAUCUGAGACCGGGAGCCGAAAAUCUGCUGACAAGAAAAAAGUUCGUUUCGACCAAAGCGAAGUGGAUGGACUAGCCGAUCGACCAACGGAAGGAAAGGAUUUUACGAAAUCUCGCAAAUUGCUGGAUUCCCCUGGAAGACAAUCAUCUACAUUUAGCAACGAACAAAUAAUGGAUCGCUCACUUAACAGCACAAGAGGGUCAACCGAGGAUGGGGUGAAUAAAAUCGGCAAAGCGCCUUCUGCUCUUGAUUACUACAAUAUGCCGCUAGUGGCGAAGUUGAAUCGGAAAUCUUCUAUUGGUUUUUCCCACAACGCUGCAAGUUUCGCCACUCCCCAGCAAAGGAACCAUCUGAACCAUGCCUCUGGUCUUGAAGAGGAAAUGCAUCGUUGGCGUAAAUUUCAUCACAAUAGAGCUCUGAAUGCUAGACUCAAAGCAGUCCGGCUGCCUGGUCGACGUCAUCACUCGACCUUCACAUUACGUGAAGCGAUGGAUUUUGCUGCCCGCAUUCGUAAAGAUACGGCCUUCAGAACUCAGUCUUUUACAUCGGAUCGAGCAUGGGAGUUGUUAAACUGUAGAUAUCUUCGGUUGACACAAAACAACGUGAAGACCUUGGAAGACGUUUGCCAGGAGGGCGGGUAUGAUGUGGACUUCCAUCCUCAUGUGAACGACCAAACCAUGGAACUACAGGCUGUGUUUAAAGAUACCAGGAGACCGCUGGACGCUUUACAGCACCGAUCUAUUAACUGAAACGUGCUUUGUGUAAUAGAGAUCAUAUACAGAAAA